AUGAAAUCUACAUUUAAAUCAGAAUAUCCAUUUGAAAAAAGGAAGACAGAAUCAGAGAGAAUACUAAAUAGAUUUCAAAAUAGAAUACCUGUAAUUUGUGAGAAGGCUGAAAAAUCGGAUAUACCAGAAAUUGACAAACGUAAAUAUUUGGUACCCGCAGAUUUAACAGUAGGCCAAUUUGUAUAUGUUAUACGGAAAAGGAUAAUGCUUCCACCAGAAAAGGCAAUAUUUAUCUUUGUGAAUGAUACUCUUCCACCUACAGCCGCUCUUAUGUCCGCAGUGUAUCAAGAAAAUAAAGACAAAGAUGGGUUUUUGUAUAUCACAUAUUCAGGUGAGAAUACCUUCGGAAGUAAAUAA